AUGCCGCAGCGACUCUGGGUCGUGUCAGCAAAGCCGUACUCGACCCCGAGCCGCGCGUCGUUCCCGACGCGAACGUAUUGGGAUGAGAACAAGUACCCGAACGUUCUAUCGAAGAGCGUGCCCCUCCGCCUGUAUGGCGCCACGCGGUCGCUGCUUGAGCGCGCCAUACUCUCAUCGUCGUCGCCGCCAUCGCGCCCGUCUUAG